UCGGUUGUCUAGUGCUGAAUUUUAUGCCAGAAAUCAACCAAAAGAACAGAUGAAAAGGAUGGAGGAAGUGCCUAACAAGUCCAAGCUCCAAGCUCAAAAGACAAGAGCAAUAUACUGUUAAUUAUUCUUUUGCUUAAUUUAUGCAGCAGUGUACCUGGUUUGGCUUUAGCUUGCGGUUCAAGUGAUGCCACAGCCAGAAAAAUCGCUCGGUAACAACCUUCCAAUAAUUCGUAUUCCAGGAGACGGUAGAUGUUUGUUUAGAUCUGUGGUUUAUGGUGCAUGUCUAAGAUCAGGGGAACCAUCUCCAAGUCUUAGCAGGCAAAAAGAACUCGCAGAUGAACUCAGAGCCAAGGUUGUGGAUGAAUUCAUCAAGAGGAGGGUAGACACUGAGUGGUUUCUAGAAGGUGACUUUGAUACCUAUACAGUACAGAUGCGAAAGCCUCACAUAUGGGGAGGAGAACCUGAACUUCUCAUGUCCUCACAUGUCUUACAGAUGCCUAUAACGGUGCUCAUGCAGGAUAAGAGUUCGAGUAACCUUAAAGUUAUUGCAGAAUACGGUCAGGAGUAUGGGAAGGAUAACCCUAUUCGAGUGAUCUAUCAUGGUUAUGGCCACUACGAUGCAUUAUUGAAGAGUUCCUUCCACUAGUUAUUAUAUGUAUGCAGUCCUAAUUAACUAUCUUGAAUAGUGUUGUUGAUGCUCUUUGCAAUAACUGUAGAGCUUGACAAUAUUGUGCACAUAUAUGAUUGAUCUGAUUGAGUCCUUGAACUAGCCAAUGACAUUAGUGCUUCAAUUAGAUGCGUAUAUGAUAAUUCAAACUUGGUGCGACUGCUC